AUGAAAUUUCGUGCCAAAUUACACAAUAGUAGUACGAUCAAUAAAUUUACAAAAAUUAUUAUUGGUAUAUCAAAAAUGGCUAAAUCCGGUGUACUUCGAUUAACAGCUGAUAAACUAUUUUUGAUUUUGGGUGAUAAAUCAUUUGGUGGUGGUGUUUCACUUUGGAUUGAGCUUGAUCCAAUUCGAUUUUUUGAUGAUUAUAUUAUGGAUGGUUUAUCACCAUUAGCAAAUGAAAUUUAUAUUGAAAUUAUGUUUGAAGAAUUAGUACGUGCACUUAAACCAGCACAAGCAGCUCAAUUACUUAGACUUCGUUUAAUCAAAAAACAUAACAGUCCAUGUCUAAGUAUUGAUACAGAAGUUAUUUCAUCAGCAAUGACUGAACGACAAUUUACAUGUGACAUUCCUAUUCAUUUAUUAGCCCAUAAACAUUGGUAA